UUAGCCAAUUACUUGUAAAGCAAUUUCUGUGGUUAACAUUAAUUUAAACGAAAUUAAUGUAAUUUGGAUGAGACUUGGGGUCAAUAUAUUUGCCCAGGAUAAAAAAAAAACAGGAAAUACCGUUUUCAGAAGGUUGGUAACUUAUAUCAUGAUAUUUACGGUAACUGCUUUGCGCAUGUUGUGUAGGCGUUCCACAGGAAGUGCGUAUUCCGCUUCUAUUAGGAGUAUUAUGGCGCUGGUGCUGAUGCUGAAUGAGUCAGGCUAUUUGAUGCUGUCGCUGCUGCCAUUUCAUCAGCAAUUUUUCCCAAACAUCUCUCCAUCUUUAAACAUGGGAAAACUGGGAUAAAAUAUUCCAGGUACGGGAAGAGAACGCAGUUUGUUUUACAUUGUGAAGAAUACAUCUCUAAAUUCUGAAAUAGUUUUUUUUCCCCCAACAAAAUAAAGCUAGCUGGCUGGAGGGCGAGCGUAUUUUUCCCUUACGAGAGGUCGCUGUAAGAGUAACUGGAUUUUGUUUUCCAUUAAACAUUUCGGGAUAAGCUUUUAUGCUUUCCUUUGGACUUCCUAAUCUGUGUGCAUUUUCCGAGAGGACGUCUGUUCUGGACGAUGGAAUCUGCAGGCUACACACUCUGAGAAGCUUAACCGUGCACGGCUGGACAACAUGGAGGCUAUAUGGCUGUAUCAGUUCCGGCUGAUCGUGAUCGGAGACUCCACCGUGGGGAAGUCGUGUCUGAUUCGGCGGUUCACCGAGGGACGGUUCGCUCAGGUCUCUGACCCGACGGUUGGCGUGGACUUCUUUUCUCGCCUGGUGGAGAUCGAGCCGGGGAAGCGCAUCAAGCUACAGAUCUGGGAUACCGCCGGCCAGGAGCGAUUCAGGUCCAUCACCAGGGCCUACUACCGCAACUCGGUGGGCGGGCUGCUGCUCUUCGACAUCACCAACCGGCGCUCCUUCCAGAACGUGCACGAGUGGCUGGAGGAGGCGCGCAGCCACGUGCAGCCGCUGCAGAUCGUCUUCGUGCUGGUGGGGCACAAGUGCGACCUGGAGGCCCAGCGGCAGGUGGGCCGGCAGGAGGCGGAGAAGCUGGCGGGGGCCUACGGCAUGCGCUACGUGGAGACGUCGGCCCGCGACGCCAUCAACGUGGAGAAGGCCUUCACCGAGCUGACGCGCGACAUCUUCGAGCUGGUCAAGCGCGGCGACAUCACCAUCCAGGAGGGCUGGGAGGGGGUGAAGAGUGGCUUCGUGCCCAACGUGGUGCACUCGUCCGAGGAGGUGAUGAAGAGCGACCGCCGGUGUCUCUGCUGAUCUGCCGAGCCCCUCCCCUCCCCCCCCACUAAGCUGACCUCUCGGGCCCCCCCCUCCCCGCUCUCCCCCUCUUCCUGAGGGGCCGCAGGCCUGCAAGACAAGGCCCGCGUGGCUGACCCACUCUCCCAGUGCCCCCCAGUGUGGUGUUUUCCUUGCUUCAGCCAGACAGGCUGGGGGCUGCUUGCCCUCUCUCUCCCCCCCUCCCCCACCGAGACCCUCUGAUGACUCGAAAGCUGCCUCCCUCCCCCGCGCCCACCGCGGAACAUCGUUCACCUGCCCGUGCCUGCGCCGCCACACAGACUCCCAUCGGCGCGGACCGCUCCCAGUGCCAACCCCGGCCCCCGCGGCCCGGCCUCGCCUCUCUCCCGGUGCGGCAGGCCUCUCGCUCGCCGGGCUUCUGGGAGGCAGAGGCCCGUGACGGAGAGGGUGAGACUCCCAGCGGGACACCUAAGAGGGCCGGGACCCCCCUCCCCCCCCCCUGCCAACGUGUUGGGCCACUUGGAUCC